CAUACAUAUAUCAUUCAGUAUCACUUAAACCAUUUUUUUUGCCUCCUCUUCCUUCUGUUUCGGUAAUGGCUUUCAAUAAAGUCAUACUCUUAUUGUUGGCCUCUUUUCUUCUAUUUACCAUAAGGGCAUCAUGUAGAGACGAGGAAUUCUUUACGGAGACUACCUACGCGAAGGCUCCAUCAAGGGCUCCCGUUCCAACGCCAACUUACGCAAAAGCUCCAGUGAAGCCUCCUGCUCCACCGCCAACUUAUGCAAAAGCUCCAGUGAAGCAGCCACCUGCUCCAGCGCCAACCUAUGCAAAAGCUCCAGUGAAGCCUCCUGCUCCACCGCCAACCCAUGCCAAAGCUCCAACUCCAGUCCUAUCACCAGUCCCCAUUACAGAAUGUCCGAGAUUGUGUGCUGGAAGGUGCAAAUUGCAUUCGAGGCCAAGACAAUGCAACAGAAUCUGCUACACUUGCUGUCAACGAUGCAAAUGUGUUCCACCCGGAACAUAUGGUAACAGGCAGAUGUGCGGCAAAUGCUACACUGACAUGACCACCCACGGCAAUCAGCCCAAGUGUCCUUGACCUACCUUAACUAGUACCAAGUUUUCUUUUUUACUUCAUCGGUUCACUCUUGUAUUUGUGUGUGUGUGGUAGACCAGACGUCUAGAGGGAAAGGGAGGGAUCAUUGUUGCUACAUCAUCUAGUGAUGUAGGAGAGCCGAAGAGUGUGCGUGUGUGAGAGAGAGAGAGAGAGAGAGAGGAAGAGAACUGGAGCCUUCAUGAUGUUAUGAAGCUUGGAAGGUAAAAUGAAAAAUAAGUAAAUUCUUU